AUGACGGAUAUGGGAAAUGACGAAGCGGUGCCAAGAGUCACCGAGCAAAUGAGAGAAGUGAUUGCCGAGGAAGUAGGAAAGGCAAUCGAAAAUAGCUUAUCCGGUUUUAUUGAUAAGAUUCAGAAUACGGUAUUAUCGGUGGUUGAUGGGAGAAUAAAGAAAUUGGAAGAUGAUGCUAAUGUAGCUAAGGAAAAAUCUGUAGAGCGCAAGGGUUGCUCGUACAAAGAGUUUAUGGCAUGUAAACCGCCACUCUAUCACGGAGAGGUGGAUCCGAUAGUGUGCCAAAGAUGGUUGAGUGAUAUUGAAGGGGUGUUCGAGAGAACCCACUGUGAUACAAGUGACUUCAUUGCUUAUGGCACGGGUCAGCUGAGAGGUCAAGCAAAAGACUGGUGGGAUAAUAAGAAAAAGGAAAUCGGAAGUGAAGUGGCGAAAGCAAUGACAUGGGAGGAGUUUAAGGUACCAUUCCUCAAACCUCACAGUCCUAAAGCGGUUAUCAAUCGAAUCAAAGAGGAGUUUAUUCAGCUUAGACAGAAAGGCAAAUCUAUUGAUAAGAUCACGGGGAUCUUUCUUAACCAACUGAGGUUUUGCGAUGCAUUGGUGACCUCCGAAGAACAGAAGGCAGAAAUAGAGCUAAAGAAACAAAUUGAAAGGGGUGAAAGAAGGGCGCAAGAGGUUAAUCCAAGCCCUACGAAAAAGGCACGCACGACUGACUCAUCGAAGAAGCAAGAAGGAAAGAGCAGUACGCCAAGUUGUAAAGUAUGCGGGAAAGGGCACAAGGGUGAGUGCCGGUUUAAGGACAAGCCGUGUCCUAUAUGUGGGAAGGCCGGGCACACGGCUGCGUUGUGCCCGGGGAAAGUGUCGGUGUGCUACAAAUGUUAUCAGCCGGGUCAAAAGAAAUCUGAGUGCCCGGAGUUGGUCGGAAAGAAGGAUGACAAGAGUACGCACACAGAGGCACCAAAAGCAAAAGCAAGAUCUUUCCAGUUAACAGCAGUGGAGGCGAAAACAGAGCCCGGUGUGGUCUCAGAGGUAGAAAUAGGUGAUAACAAAAAUUUCCUUGUGUGUGAUAUAUGUCGAGAUUGCAAGAUAAGCAUAGACGAUGAGGAAUAUCCAAUAGACUUGAUUCCUAUGUCCAUGGGAGAAUUCCAAGUAGUGGUCGGGAUGGAUUGGCUAUCCCGACACCAUGAGAAAGUCGUAUAUUUCCGCAAGGAGAUAAAAUUAACAUCUCCAAGUGGGAAAUCGGUUACCAUACAUGGCGAGAAAGAGGGUAAACCUGUUAUGUGCUCAAUGCUAAAAGCUCACAAGCUCAUGAGGCACGGUUGUAGGGCAUUCAUGAUAUACGCAAACGAACCAGACAAAGGAUUACUAAAGAUUGAAGACGUACCGGUGGUACGCGAGUAUGCCGACGUAUUUCCGGAAGACCUACCGAGAAUACCGCCAGAAUGGGAGUGCUUUCCAUAUUGA